CCUUUCGAUGUUCCUGAGAAAAAGAAACGAAACUGAAACUGAAAGCUAAAACAAAGUCACAGAGAAGAGAGUAACGCAGAGCUUCAUACAAUUAUCAGAAAAUUCUCUUUUUAUACAUAUCUAUGUUUAUUGUGUGAAUUAUCAUCUCCUUGAUUUUGAAAACAGAGGAGUAUUUUUUUUUUUUUUUUUUUUUUUUUUUUUUGUGUGUGUGUGUUUUGCCACUGAACAGCUUGGUUGUCAAUGGCUUCUUUAGUAUCAUCGCCAUUCACUCUAUCCGGUUCCAAAGAAGCUCUUUCUUCACUUUCUCAAAAGCAUUACUUUCUUCACUCAUUUCUACCCAGGAAAAUCAACCCCACCUACUCAAAAUUCACUCUCAGAGUGAAAUGUGCAGCAAUUGGCAAUGGACUAUUCACCCAAACCACACCAGAGGUUCGUCGAAUCGUACCCAGUAACAACCAAGGCUUACCAACCGUGAAAAUCGUCUACGUAGUCUUGGAAGCUCAGUAUCAGUCAUCUCUAACAGCCGCAGUCCAGGCUCUGAACAGCAACCAAACGGAUGCCUCGUAUGAAGUUGUGGGUUACUUGGUUGAGGAGCUCCGAGACGAAGCCACGUACAAAACUUUCUGCAAGGACCUUGAGGACGCUAACAUUUUCAUUGGGUCUUUGAUCUUUGUGGAGGAACUUGCUCUCAAAGUCAAGGCUGCUGUGGAGAAAGAGAGGGACAGACUCGACGCCGUUUUGGUGUUCCCUUCAAUGCCUGAAGUGAUGAGGCUGAACAAGUUGGGCUCUUUCAGUAUGUCACAGCUUGGGCAGUCAAAGAGUCCGUUUUUCCAGCUUUUCAAGAGGAAGAAGCAGUCGUCUGCUGGUUUUGCUGAUAGCAUGUUGAAGCUAGUAAGAACUUUGCCUAAGGUUUUGAAAUACUUGCCCAGUGAUAAAGCUCAGGAUGCUAGGCUUUAUAUUCUUAGUCUUCAAUUUUGGCUUGGUGGGUCACCUGAUAAUCUGCAGAAUUUCUUGAAAAUGAUAUCCGGGUCUUAUGUUCCCGCUCUAAAAGGGACUAAGAUUAAGUAUUCUGACCCGGUUCUGUAUUUGGAUAGUGGGGUUUGGCACCCUUUGGCUCCUUGUAUGUAUGAUGAUGUGAAGGAGUAUAUGAAUUGGUAUGAUACAAGGAGGGAUGCUAAUGAGAAGCUUAAGAGUCCAAAUGCACCAAUAAUUGGGUUGGUUUUGCAGAGGAGUCAUAUUGUUACAGGAGAUGAAAGUCACUAUGUGGCAGUGAUUAUGGAGUUGGAGGCAAGAGGGGCUAAAGUGAUACCAAUUUUUGCCGGUGGACUUGACUUUUCAGGGCCGGUUGAGAGGUACUUGAUUGAUCCGGUUACAAAGAAACCUUUUGUACAUUCGGUGGUAUCGCUUACCGGUUUCGCUUUGGUCGGAGGGCCGGCAAGGCAGGAUCAUCCACGGGCUAUUGAGGCUCUGAUGAAGCUUGAUGUUCCUUAUAUUGUUGCGUUGCCUCUGGUGUUUCAGACAACUGAGGAGUGGUUAAACAGUACUCUGGGGCUUCACCCAAUUCAGGUAGCAUUGCAAGUGGCUCUUCCCGAGCUUGAUGGAGGCAUGGAGCCUAUUGUUUUUGCUGGUCGGGAUCCUAGAACUGGGAAAUCACAUGCUCUUCACAAGAGGGUGGAACAACUAUGCACCAGGGCGAUUAGAUGGGCUGAACUGAAAAGAAAGUCAAAGACAGAGAAGAGGGUAGCAAUCACAGUGUUCAGCUUCCCACCAGACAAAGGAAAUGUCGGAACAGCUGCCUAUCUUAAUGUCUUUUCCUCCAUCUUCUCAGUUCUGCAAGAUCUUAAAAGAGACGGUUACAAUGUUGAGGGCCUUCCAGAGACAUCAGAAGCCUUGAUUGAAGAAGUAAUUCAUGACAAAGAGGCUCAAUUCAGCAGUCCAAACCUGAAUGUUGCUUACAAAAUGGGGGUCCGUGAAUACCAAAGCCUAACACCUUAUGCCAAUGCAUUGGAAGAAAGCUGGGGAAAACCACCUGGGAAUCUGAACUCAGAUGGAGAGAAUCUCUUAGUAUAUGGCAAACAGUAUGGCAAUGUCUUCAUUGGAGUCCAGCCCACAUUUGGCUAUGAGGGUGAUCCUAUGAGGCUGCUGUUCUCAAAAUCAGCUAGUCCACAUCAUGGCUUUGCAGCAUAUUAUUCAUUUGUUGAAAAGAUUUUCAAAGCUGAUGCUGUUCUCCAUUUUGGUACCCAUGGUUCACUGGAAUUCAUGCCCGGGAAACAGGUGGGAAUGAGUGAUGUCUGUUACCCUGACAGUUUGAUUGGAAACAUUCCCAAUGUCUAUUACUAUGCUGCUAAUAAUCCAUCUGAAGCAACUAUAGCAAAACGCCGCAGCUAUGCUAAUACCAUCAGCUACCUGACCCCUCCAGCAGAAAAUGCAGGGCUUUACAAGGGCCUUAAGCAGUUGAGUGAGCUCAUCUCUUCAUACCAAUCUCUUAAAGACACAGGCCGUGGACCACAGAUUGUCAGCUCUAUCAUCAGCACAGCUAAACAAUGUAAUCUUGACAAGGAUGUGGAACUACCUGAUGAGGGGCAGGAAAUCACAGCGCAAGAACGAGAUCUUGUGGUUGGUAAGGUUUAUUCCAAAAUCAUGGAGAUUGAAUCCCGUCUUUUGCCUUGUGGUCUUCAUGUCAUUGGUGAGCCUCCAUCAGCCAUAGAAGCAAUAGCAACUCUUGUCAACAUUGCCGCACUGGACCGUCCUGAAGAUGAGAUAUCAUCACUUCCAUCUAUAUUAGCUGAAACAGUGGGAAGAAACAUAGAGGACAUCUACAGAGGGAGUGACAAAGGAAUUUUGAAAGAUGUGGAGCUUCUUAGGCAAAUAACUGAAGCAUCACGUGGAGCAAUUUCAGCUUUUGUGGAGCGUACAACAAAUAAGAAGGGUCAAGUUGUUGAUGUGGCUGAUAAGCUCAGCUCUAUUCUUGGAUUUGGUAUCAACGAGCCUUGGGUUCAAUACUUGUCAAACACAAAAUUUUACCGGGCAGAUAGGGACAAGCUUAGAAAAUUAUUUGAGUUUUUAGGAGAAUGUUUGAAGCUUAUUGUGGCUGAUAAUGAGUUGGGAAGUUUGAAGCAAGCAUUGGCGGGGAAGUAUGUGGAACCAGGGCCUGGUGGAGACCCAAUUAGAAACCCCAAAGUUUUGCCAACAGGAAAGAACAUUCAUGCGCUUGAUCCACAAGCUAUACCCACAACAGCAGCAAUGCAAAGUGCAAAAGUUGUUGUUGACAGACUAAUUGAGAGGCAGAAGGCAGACAAUGGGGGAAACUAUCCUGAGACAGUUGCACUUGUUUUAUGGGGCACAGACAAUAUCAAGACUUAUGGUGAGUCCUUGGCUCAAGUUCUGUGGAUGAUUGGUGUUAGGCCAGUUGCUGAUACUUUUGGUAGAGUCAACCGGGUGGAACCAGUCGAUUUGGAAGAGCUUGGAAGGCCUAGGAUUGAUGUUGUUGUUAAUUGCUCAGGAGUUUUCAGAGACCUCUUUAUCAAUCAGAUGAAUCUUCUUGACCGGGCAGUAAAGAUGGUUGCUGAGCUAGAUGAGCCAGCUGAAAUGAACUAUGUUAGGAAGCAUGCAAUUGAACAAGCAGAAGCCCUUGGAAUUGACGUUCGCGAAGCUGCAACACGGGUCUUCUCAAAUGCCUCAGGAUCCUACUCUUCUAAUAUAAAUCUUGCCGUUGAGAAUUCUUCAUGGAAUGAUGAGAAACAAUUGCAAGACAUGUAUUUAAGCAGGAAAUCUUUUGCCUUCGAUUGUGAUGCCCCUGGCGCAGGAAUGACUGAGAAAAGAAAUGUUUUUGAGAUGGCUUUGAGCACAGCUGACGCAACAUUCCAGAAUCUGGACUCCUCAGAAAUCUCACUCACUGAUGUGAGUCACUAUUUUGACUCAGAUCCAACCAACCUGGUACAGAACCUAAGGAAGGAUGGGAAGAAACCCAGCGCAUACGUUGCUGACACCACCACAGCUAAUGCACAGGUUCGUACACUUUCUGAGACAGUGCGGCUUGAUGCACGAACCAAGUUAUUGAAUCCCAAGUGGUAUGAAGGAAUGAUGUCAAGUGGGUAUGAGGGUGUCCGUGAAAUUGAGAAAAGGCUUACGAACACAGUUGGAUGGAGUGCGACUUCUGGUCAAGUUGACAACUGGGUUUAUGAAGAGGCCAACACAACUUUCAUUGAAGAUGAAGAGAUGUUGAACAGGCUCAUGAAUACCAACCCGAAUUCCUUCCGGAAAAUGGUGCAGACAUUCUUAGAGGCCAAUGGACGUGGUUAUUGGGAGACUUCAGAACAUAAUAUUGAAAGGUUGAGGCAGUUGUACUCGGAAGUCGAAGACAAAAUCGAAGGAAUUGACCGGUAAUCUGCAAACCAGCUAUUCAGAAAAUUUGUAAAGUGCAAAUAUCAGUGCAUCGAUGAGCCUCAGGCCCUCCUCCUCCCUUCCCCCCUACCCCCCCACACCAAAAAAAAAAAAAAAAAAAAGGUAGAUAGUCUAAAGUGUUGGGAAAUGUCUUUGAUGUGAAGUUUUACCCAUUUCCUGAUGCAAUCCUACGUAUUUACAGGCUUAGGCACUGGUGUCUGUACUGUUAUUUUGCAGACCUCAGAACAUGUUUCUAUCAUUGUUGAUAAUAUUUCUUUUCUCCUACCAA